ACAGCUGAAGAGAAGCUGUUAAGGUGGUGGUGCCAACGAAAUUAGUGCCUCAAGAAGAUGGAUAUUCCCACCAUGAAAUAAGUAAGCAAAACAUUCAUGUCACCUUCUGCAAUUACGCUACUAGGGGUUGAUUCAUUGAGGGUGCACUUGGAGAACACCACAAGAUUGUAUCUUGAGUUAAAGAAAGUUGAUUUAUGGUUUAGACAAACCCAAAAAAGCUCAACAAGUUAGAUCUUACAUGUAGCAUUAUUCCUUAUAUAACCUCUUUCAUAUCAUACAAAAAAUAAAAAAAUAGAAAACAAAAAACAUUAAGCUUAAUGAUAUGUACAGUAUUUCAAACUAAUUAAUCAGUCUGAUGUUUCUCUCCUUGAACUUACAUGUUGAAUUUUUUGUUGAGUUGAGCAUCUCAGACAUAUUCCAAACCUAAUUUUAUAUGUCACAUGAGGGACUAAGGAUUCAGCUGUAAGUCAACCACCUAACAUCUAUGGAUGGACAAUUCUGACACUAACAUUGAAGAUAAAACAAAGUUGCAUUUUUUACUCAGAUAUCAUUGAAGUUGAGAACCCUAACAGCAGUAUCACUUUGAGCAAUCAAACAACGGAAGUCCAGCUCAGUUGCAGUACCUAAGAGAGCCCCAUGCAUGGAUUCGGUGAAGAAAUAUGAGAUCGCUGGAAAUGGCGAAGAGUUUGAUGAUGAUGGGGUUCGUCAUGGCGUCGGUGAUCGUGCUCCCGGGCCUCGCGUCGGCACAGUCGGGCUGCACGGCCGUGAUCCUCGGCCUCGCUCCGUGCCUGAGCUACAUCACCGGCAACUCCUCCACCCCUUCCUCCUCGUGCUGCACGCAGCUCGCCCGCGUCGUGAAGUCGCGGCCGGCGUGCCUCUGCUCGGUGCUCAACGGCGGGGCGUCGUCGUUGGGGAUCACCAUCAACCAGACCCGGGCGUUGGCCAUGCCCGGAGCCUGCAAGGUCCAGACUCCGCCGGUUAGCGCGUGCAGUGCUGUGAGCAGUGGGCCAGCAGCUGCGCCAGAGGCUUCUCGCACGACGACUCCGGAGACCCCACCGACGCCGUCUGUCCCUGCCAGCCCCAAAACGGAGACACCAUCGCCGCCGUCGGUUCCCAGCAGCGCCACUGCCGCAAGACCUUCUACACCAUCAACUCCAACCGCAGGAAGCGGAUCGAAGGCUACGCCCUCAACUACUGGAGCAACUUCGGAUGGGAGUUCUUACAAGCCAAGCAGUUCUCUGAUGACUUCAGUCCUCUAUGUAGCUGGAUGCAUCUUGUUGAUGGCCAAUCUGUGAGUCUACUGCAUGAUCUGGACUGUGGCUACUACUGCAUCAUUGGCCUCUAAAAGCUCGUCUAUGUCGACUUGUGUCACUUCUAAUGCUGGCUCUGUUUUAAUCGAAUCAUGGUUUUAUUUGUUUAUCUGUGUGAUAUAGAAUGCAAUUUUAUUUGUUUCCUCAAUGAAGAGAUGGGUGUUUGUAUCGUCUGAGGUGUAAUAUACAGUAUGUAUUACUUGUACUGCUGAAGUGGUGCCUCUCAUAUAGUCCUCAGCAGAACUGCUACUACUCAAUGGUUGGUCAAUAUAAAAAGUCUUUUUCUUAUGAUCCUUUUUCAACCCACAAAUGAACAUGAAUGUCUUAAGAAAUGA